AUGGGUACUGCCAGUCCCUUCCACAAGAACAGCAGAGUUAUUAUCAACAGGGACCACGGGAAGGGAACCGAGGAACCACAAUACGUCCCUGCACUCAGCCCCCUCCAAAAGAACAGCAGAGUCAUUAUCAACUGGGACAAUGGGAGGACGCGAACCGAGGCACCGUUUGAUCUUGGCCGCGAGAAUGGCAGCGUCAGCGGUGGCCACGGAAGGCAAACCGAGGGACAGGAAUGGGAUCUCGACGCCGGGAACUUCAACUCUCCCCGCGUGGACAAGUCUCGGCCGUUCGUCCCUUUCAAUAGCCUGACAUACUCCACAGACUCCUCCUCUGAGUCCUCCCCUUUGUUCACGUGGGUCCCGGCAGCCAAUGACAACAUACGCUUGCAGAUUGCCAACAGUAAACUGGCGGGAGUGAAGUCUGAGGUCCUCAACAAGCCGGUUCCUGCACCACCAGCCGCUCCGACGAAGAUGCGACCCUCGACUCCUCCGGCCAAGACCUCACCGGCGGAGCUACGUAACAAAACUCGUCCUGGUGGGUCUUUGCAGCGUCUAAACAACACUGAACCUCCUCAACCAUCCACUACAGCCUCUCAACCACCCCAUACAGCCUCCACUCCCGUCCUGCCUCCCCCUAAGACCUCACAGGCAGAGCGAAGCAACAAAACAAAGGCCACGACUCUCAGCUCGCAUCAGACCAUUGACACGUACACGCAGACGACACUCCUGCCUGACUCAAACACGAACACAACACAGAACUCCAGCAGGGAAGGAGCAGAAGAGCCUCAACUCCUUACCCCGUUGCCCGAUCCUUCUUCUAACGUAAAGCCUUCUUCUCCCACCACCGCCAUUACCACGAACACAGCACCGCCUUUGGACACACGGACCUCCGUCAACUCUAGCAAGGAAGUGACAGAAGACCCUCAGCCUCUUACUCCGAUACCCGAGACUCCUAAUGUAAAGACUUCUUCGCCUCCUGAUGCGAGUUUGGUUUCAAGUAUUAGUGUGGAAAGGACUACCACAAGUCAACCUUCCACCUCCUCUAUGUCUUCCACCCCCUCCAAGCCUUCCACCCUCUCCAACCCUCCACCCAAGCCAGUCAAGCCUCAGCACCACCUAUCAACCCUCACCCGACGCAAUCAUCACCACUGUUAA